GAAGAAAAUCAUUCAAACGAAGAGAACUAACUAAUGAAAGAUACCGGUACUAGAGAAGUUUAGAGAAGUACAGGAACGAAGAAAUGGAGAAGAGAAACGUUGUUGAGAUGAAGCGUAGAGAGAAGAGCAGAAAGACCGACUGGAAAGAAGUUCUACAGAAGACUUGAGGGUUGAAGAAAGGCGAGAGGAUAGACAGAGCGACAAUACGUCAGUAGCAAAGAUAGUCGUCAGCGAAUUCAAAGAAUGUGGAUCUGGUUGACAAGCUCCACCAUCAGGGCAAAGGAGUGGUAUGGCCUGUUCAGGACUUUGCUUGGGGGUCCUGAUUGGCAGCUUGCUUCUCUUCUGUCCCCUGUUGCUGACAGGCUGCAAUGGUCAACAUGUCAGUCUAAAUGCUGCUGGUACAGGACAAUCAACAACAGCAUUCCGCGUGACAUUUGGUGAUGGACAACCUACAGCCAAUGUUACCGAUUACUUACCUGUAUGCUUGGUGGCCAGUGGAUCAGGACCAUUCAUUCGACUAGAGAAGACUGAUGGUAGUCUAGUGUGGGCUGAGACAGGUGCCUUCUCAGGAGGUACUAUUGUACUGGUGAACACCACAGUACAUCCUAUACUGGACACUUCAUACACUGGACUGUACCAUUGCAGAACAGCUACAGGCAACUCUACACAAACAUAUCAACUCAACAUUGUAGAACUUUGUCCAGAUCUCAUUUUUGCAAAACACAACUUCAAACCCAUUACUGAUUUUAGCAGAGCGAUUGGUACGAACAUAUCAAUAAGGUGUCAAGCUGGGUUUCUUGCUAACACCAGUCUGGAUGUGACCUAUUCUACAUGCCAGAGUGGCGGAGUAUGGAACCCAAGACCACCAGCAUGUGAAAGUUGCAGAGUUAGAUGUUCCGAUGACAUCAAUGUUGAAUCCUGUAAUCACAUGAUGGGACAAGGCACUGUCAACUGUAUUUGUAAACUAAACUAUAUAUGGGCAGGGAGCAAGUGUGUGGUAGUCUCUCCUACAAGUCCUGUUACCAGUGUAGUCUCUCCUACAAGUCCUGUUACCAGUGUCUCUCCUACAAGUCCUGUUACCAGUGUAGUCUCUCCUACAAUUCCUGUUACCAGUGCUAUGUCAAGUGGAACACGAUCCUUGCAUCCGCCUUCCACUGCCGAUGAUUCUACAAAGCAGCGUGUAUCAACUGCAGCUAUCGUUGGCAUUGCUAGUGUAGUAAGCAUCGUGACAGUGGCAUGUGCCAUCCUUCUCACCUUCAAGAUGAAGAAGGUUCACAGGACACUGCCUGUGGACUCUCCUGUCACCGUCCCCAUGGAUAUCCUGCCCCCCAACACCACCGAGGAGGAAGGUGGUGAUGACCAACAGGCUGCAGCCCAGCCAGACACAACCACAACAACAAUUGCAGUCAGCCAUUGGGUACCGCAAAGGUCAACGACUAAAUGCAAGGUGGCACGACCAUUUGUAGUUGUUGCACCCGCAACGAAAUCCCAUGUAUACUCAAUUGAAGAAGUAUCUUCUUCCGGGGAGAUUGAACUGCUGACGUAGUUAUAGCCUCGGGCAAGCCUGUCUGAAACUAUGCCACGGUUCUUCCCGCUGACGCGGUCAGGUGUGUCUGUCACUAUCGGCCCACACACACAUGCACAGUCACACAUGCACAUCCACACAUGCACAUCCACGCAUGCACACCCACACAUGUAAACAUGCACACCCACACAUGGACAUCCACGCAUUUACAUCCACAUCCACGCAUGCACAUCCACGCAUGCACACCCACACAUGCGCUUCCAUGCAUUCACACCCUCGCAUGUGCACCCACGCCCACUCAAUCACACAUGAUUGAUUCACGACCAGACAUACAGACACACGUGCGCCCACACAUACACACACCUGCUUACCAACGCUCUUCACAAUGCUUUCCUGUCCACUCUGUGUUUCCUGUGUGCAAUCCUCCCUAAUUUUGUUGUGCACAUUUGAGCGUUGCAGCAUGUGAUUGCGUGCCCUAUGUUUUUAUUUUAUUUUAGCUCUUUCUGUUUGUUUUCCUUCGCACUUGUAGAGAUAGUAUCCCUAGUUUCUUGGUGGCAAGUUGCCUUAGCUAGUUUAGCAAGCUGUAUGCUUCCUUUAAAAUAUACAUAACUGUAUGGUAUGUACUCACACUACGUUUUGUGGCCGAUUUUGACCAGUCCCCAGUUUCGGUUCCCUUUCGCCUCGAGCAGCACUCCUUUUUCUUUUCUUUUUAGUGAUUGACUUUGUAUUGAUCUGCUGUGACUAUGAUACUACGAGGGAAGUUGCUGUUUCUUCUAUUCAGUGCAUUGCCCUUUCUUGCCUGCUUCAGCGCUAGCCAGGCGCAUUGCAUUUGUUGCAAAAGUGUCAUCGGAUUUCAAAAUUAUAUCAUUUG